AUGUUCGCCAAGGUGCGCGUCGUCACGCGGCGGCGCGACGGCGCGGCCUUCGCGGCCAAGGUCUUCAAGAAGCGCGCCGAGCUCAGCGACGGCAACGAGCUGAGCCGCGCGCCGCGCGCAGACGCGCUGCUCCGCGAGAUCGACGUGCUCCGCCGCGUCGCGGCGCCGGGCUCGGCGUGCGUGCGCCUCGCGGGCGUCGUCGAGACGCCCGGCGAGCUCCUCCUCCUCACGGAGCUCUGCGGCGGCGGCGACCUCAUGCACCACGUCGAGGGCCAGCGCAAGUUCACGGCCGGCGACGCCGCGGCCUACUUCUCGGACGCGUGCGCGGCCAUCGCGCGGUGCCACGCCGUGAGCGUCGCGCACCGCGACGUCAAGCCCGAGAACAUGCUCGUCGCCUUCGACGGCCGGCGCCGGGCCCGCGUGCGGCUCUCGGACUUUGGGUCCGCGUGCGUCUUCGCGCCGGGCGACCGCUACGCCGCCGACGCCGGGUCCCCCUUCUGGAGCAGCCCCGAGGCCUGGGCGCUCGACUACGACCACCGCGGCGACGUCUACUCCGUCGGCGUCGUGCUCCUCGUGCUCGUCGACGGCAUGCUCGGCGGCGACGAGGUCCGCGCGCUCCACGGCGCCGGGCUCGCGGGCCUCGUCGACUACCGCGCGCGGUUCUACCGGGACCGGCCGCCGGGCCUCUCCGCGGCGCCCGGCCCGCUGCGGGACCUGCUCGAGGGCCUCCUCGCGCCCGAGGCGGCCCGGCUCUCCGCGGCCGCGGCGCUCGGGAGCCCGUGGCUCGCGGCCGCGGCGGCCGUCGCGCUCGCGAACCCGGCGCGGGGCGUCCUCGCGCAGCGGCGGGCCGAGCGCGCGGCGCGGGCCGCGCUCGUCGCCGUCGCCGACGGCGCCGCGCGGCGCCGGGUCCGGGCCGAGCUCCGCGACGCGCCGGGCCUGCCCCCGGGCUGCGCGGCGCUCGGCGAGCUCGCGGCCGCCGCGGACCGCGCGCGCGAGCCGCGCCUCGCGGCCGCGCUCCGCGCGCUCCACGCGACGCCGGACCUCGUCCUCGUGCACCGGCCCUUCGCGCUCGAGGCGCUCGCGACGCUCGGGCCGGGCGACCGCGCGGCGUCGGCGCUGACCCGCCGCGCCGCCGCGCCGGCCCCGCGCCGCGCGGCGUCGUCCCAGGACCUCGCGCGCCUCGCCGGGGGCGCGGGGGACCCGGGGCCCGCCGCGCCGCCGGCCGUCGGGCGCCGCAACGCGCCGGGCGCGGACGGCGGCCGCGGCGCCAUCUCCAUGGACGGCACCUACAGCGGCCUCGUCGGCAUCUUCGCCGACGACGGCGGCGACCUCUCCGACGCGUCCCUCCACGGCCUCGCGGCCUUCGAGGACCGGGCGGGCGACGCGGACCGCGCAACGUGCUGCCCGAUGAUGAUGAUGGCUCGAUGGUGGUGGCUGGCGCCCGUCGCGCUGGCGGCCGCGUCCGCGAGCGAGGUCUGCGACGCAGACGUCGUCGCGGCGGCGAGCUGCCCGCGUGGCGCCGAGCUGCUGCGCCGGGCGAAGGCGCGGCGGCUGCCCCUGGCCGUGACCAUGCUCUGGGCGACGUGCCCCGAGCGGCCGCCGGCGGACGACGACGACGAGCUCGCGAGGUACAAGGUCGCGGACCCGGCGCGCUACGCGAAGCUGAAGCGGCGGCGCGACCGCGAGCCGGACCUCGGCCGCAAGCGGCCGGACCCCGGCUGGUGCCUCCGCGGCGGCGGCGACGGCCGGCGGCGGCUGCUCAACGGCGGCUUCGCGCAGCUCCGCGACGACGAGCCGCGCCUCGUCGCGGCGCUGGGCCAGGCGUGCCUGCUGCGGCGGGCGACGAACGGGACGGUGCCCCUCGUCGUCCUCGCGCGGAACGUCGCGCCGGCGGCCUCCGAGCGGCUCUGCGAGGCCGGCGUCGUCGUCGUCGACGCCGCGCGGCUCUUCGGGUCGAACCCGUACAACGCCUGGCGGCCCGUGACCGCCGCCGCGGCCAGAGCCGAGAAGCGCACGGUCUCCGGCUACGUCCAGGACCGCAAAGACGGCGCGAUGACGUACCACAAGUUCGCCGUCUGGCGCUUGGGCUGCUUCUUCGACGCGGUACUCCAAAUCGACCUCGACGCGACGGUCCUCGAGGACCCGCGGCCCUUCGCGGCGUCCCACGCGGCGAUCACGGCGACGGGCGCCGUCGUCGCCGAGGAGGAGAACGCGAAGCGCGACUUCGUCGGCAUGCGGACGCACCUCGUGCUCCUCAAGCCCGACGAGCACAUCUUCGACGCGCUCCUCGCCAAGGCGAGGACCGGCGACUACGUCGCCAUGACGAACACGGACCAGGACGUCCUCGAGGCCUACUUCUGCCCGGGCCCGCGCCAGUGGGUCGGCGAACCCAACCCGCCGAACCGGCCGCCGGACGACAAGCAGCCCGCGGACGGCGUCUGCGACGUCGACCGCGGCGGCGCGCGGGGCUUCGCGAACGUCCACCCGGCGCCGGGCCGCCUCUACCGCGAGAACGCGCUCGUCUCCGACCUCAAGCACAUGCACCUCCGCGGCGGCUACCGCCACCCGCACGUCGUCCAGGACAGGACCAUGCCCGCCAUCGCGCCCGCCGUCAAGUCCCAGUACGAGAUCGAGCGCGACGAGCGCAUCAAGCGCAACGAGGCGUUCCUCGUGUCGCUCGGCCUCGGCAAGGACGGCGCCGCGAAGCUCAAGGCGCCGAAGAAGGCCUCGGCGCCGCGGACGCCGCGCGCCAAGAAGGUCCGCGGCCCGCGGCGCACGUCGAGCCGCCUCAGCGGCGGCGCGGCGCCCGUCGAGCGCCUCAGCUACGACGAGUCCCACUUCGACGAGACGCCGCGGCCGAAGAAGCGCGCGCGCCGCGGCCCCAAGGCCGUCGACUACAUGACGGACGCGGAGCGCGCGAUGCUCGGCGAGUUCGACAUGGACGCCUUCGAGGAGUUCCUCACGGACGAGCACCCCAUCAGCGAGGACAACCGCCGCCAGGUCAUGCGCCAGGCCGAGAAGCUCGUCUCCGGCCAGGGCGUCCGCUACGACUCGCCGACCUACGGCUGGGACGAGGGCGUCGUCUUCCGCAAGGGCGAGCCCGUGACCAUGUCGAGCGACAUCAUCCAGGUCAUCGCCGACGCGCGCGACUUCGAGGACGAGCACGGCCGCGACCACGGCAACGGCUGGCUCCUGAACCACCCCCUCCGCAAGCUCCUCAUCUUCCAGACCCACGUCGCCCGCGGCGAGGCCGCGGAGGCCGCCUAG